UAUGUAAGCUGCAACGCUUGCAUGUAAGGAGUUAAAAGAGGCUAAAAGAGAUAGAAUAAAAUAUAGAUCCUACAACAACACUUAGGCAAAAUUUCUUUAAAACUUUUUUGUUGUUGCCAGUGACGGUCCAGCGCUUUAUUAUCGGUCUCAUUGCGCUGCAGCAGUGUCGAGGCGUGAACGGGGUCCUUUCCAGCUCUCCGCGGGCAUUCUUCUGUCUGCCCGGCCGUGUUAGAGGUGACACAUACGUGGCAAGGCGAGCUUUAUUGAGCUUCAAAGGAGCGCAGCCCCCCUCUGCAACAAGAUUAACGCCGCUGGAGAACGACCUUUCAGGAACUCCAAUUUCCUCCAACGCAUUAGCUCAGAGGAGAAAAGCACACCGCAGUAGACGACUGCUGUAAAAACGGCCAGAAGCAUGCGAGCGAUAACAAUGACUGUGCGUCCCUCCCCCUCAUUUCCUCUUCAAUGACUUGCAGGAUAGCGCAGGAGCAGUGCUGUGUGUCAGUGCUGGAGGACAACAUGUGUUCCACCGGAAUCAACGUGGCAAAAGACCAGGGAGUCUGCGAUUCUCUGCUUGCCGGCACUUGCGAGACCAAGACAACAAAGAUGUGCUGCGACUGUUGUCUCCUGGGAAAGGAAGCUCAGGACCUGAACAUGCCCUGCGACCACAACCUGUCAGUGGGCUACCAGUGCAGCCUGGUGUCCCGGGCCUGCUGCAUGGACGGAGCUUCAGACAACCAGACAGCAGCACUGGGACAGUCUGAAAUACCCAACCAGGACGGCAGCGCUGGCGUAGCAGUGGGAGUUGAUCCAUGCAAAGGGAAGUGUGACCACGUCUGCGUCGGGAAUGACUCCUGCGCCUGCAUGAAGGGCUAUAAACUCAAACCGGACGGGAGGAGCUGUGAGGACAUCAACGAGUGCCUGCUGGGAUCCAGCACCUGUCGGGGGGGAGAGCGUUGCAUCAACACCGAGGGUUCGUUCCGCUGCAUGAGAGAGGUCAGCUGCGGGACCGGCUACGAGCUCACCGAAAGCAACGACUGCAAAGACAUAGAUGAGUGUGAGGCAGGCAUCCACAACUGCGGUGAACAGUUCACGUGUCAAAACACCCAGGGGUCGUUCCGCUGCGCCCCGAAGAACACCUGCGGCUCGGGGUUCAUCCAGGACGCGCUCGGAAGCUGCAUCGAUAUCAACGAAUGCGUCACCCAGUCGAGUCCGUGCCACCGAGGGCAGAUCUGCGUGAACACGCUCGGCUCCUACUCCUGCCAGAGGAACUCUGUGAACUGCGGUCGGGGAUACCACCUCAAUGAAGAGGGCACCCGCUGCGUCGAUAUUGACGAGUGCAAAGGAGCCGAGCAGGUCUGCUCAGGCCACGCUUGCAUCAACCAGUUGGGAUCGUACCGCUGCGAGUGUGAAACCGGGUACAACUUCAACAGCAUCAACCGGCUCUGUGAAGAUAUUAAUGAGUGCAGGCACUACCCUGGACGACUAUGUGGUCACAAAUGUGAUAACACCCCUGGGUCCUACAAGUGUAGCUGCACCACAGGGUUCCAACUGGCUCGGGAUGGCCGGAACUGCGACGAUGUGAAUGAGUGUGAGAGCAACCCGUGCAGCCAGGAAUGUGCCAACGUGUAUGGCUCCUACCAGUGCUACUGUCGCCGUGGCUACCAGCUCAAUGACAUAGACGCCAUGACUUGUGAAGAUAUUGAUGAAUGCGCCCUUCCCACUGGUGGCCAUAUUUGUUCCUAUCGCUGCCACAACACAGCGGGAAGCUUCCACUGCUCCUGCCCUACCAACGGCUACACGUUAGCAGUGAACGGGCGCAGCUGCCAGGACAUUGACGAAUGUGUAACGGGAAGACACACAUGCACGGAAAAUGAGAGCUGCUUCAACAUCCUGGGCGGGUACAGGUGCCUGUCCUUUGACUGUCCCAAAAACUACAGACGUGUUGGACAGACAACUCCGACGCUCGAACGAUCUGACACGGUCCGCUGUAUAAAGUCCUGUCAGCCCAAUGACAUCGCCUGCGUUCUGGACCCCACGCUCUCCACGGCCCACACCUUCUUCUCCUUGCCCACCCUCAGAGAGUUCACAAGGUCAGAGGAAAUCGUUUUCCUGAGAACGACAGUUCCGGCUUACGGAUCGUACCACUUAGGUACUUAUGACGUCAAGUUUGAAAUCCUAGAGGGCAACAUAGAGAACGCCUUUGACAUCAUCAAGCGAGUGGAGAAUGGAGUGUAUGUGGGUGUUGUUCGCCUUGUAAAGCCUCUGAUUGGUCCAAGGGAAACAGUACUGAAACUGUCCAUGCGCAACCUGACAACCCAGGGUGAAUCUGGCCAGAGCAUCAUCAGCGUUCACAUCUUUGUGUCAGAGUUCUGGUUCUGAGAAGAACAUAGACGAUUUUACAACACAUAUAACAACAUCCACUCUUAACACUGUACAUGUUGUUGUUGUUCUUUGAAGGCAUAACUCGGUGUCAAGGGGUUUAACUGUAUGUUUCGACAACGUCAAUACUUUCUGACUGUCGUUGAGAUUGAAGGCCACUGCUUGCUUCUGAUGAAAGCUCUGUAUUUUGUGGACGACAAAUUCAGAAUAAAGUGCAGCAUCGUUGAGAAACCUUACGCUAUGUUGUCGGUAUAAACACAUGUCAGAGAUACAGAUAUGCCGUUUGUUUGAAGUGCAUGCAUGUGAAGAACUAAUCUAAUAAUAAUAAUCAUUUUCUUAAACUUUUUCUUUUGUUUUUCUUCGUCUUGCCAAAUGUAUUUUUGUAUUUAAGCAUUUUAUACAGAAUAAACACUAUUUUAUUUACA